AUGAGCGCGGCGAGCCGUUCAACGGCGCGGUGCACGGCGACGACGGCGCCGACGACCUCGACGAGGGGCGGUUCGAGCCCGCGCACGGAUCCCCGACGGACUGGCGCGAUCUCGAGCUCGCGCCCAAGUUCACGUCCGUGGCGUCGUGGCAGCGGCCGCAGUUCCGCGUCGACGAGGGAGGUGAUUACGUGCGCAUGCGCGGGUGGAUGCGCACGCGCGCGCGGGCGCGGGAGAGCCGGUGUUCGCGCUCCCCGAGGACGCGGCGCCGGGACGGACCGAGAGAUGGAGGGUCACGAUGAAGGGCGCGGACCGCGCGCUGAGCUCGGGGAGGACGGCGUCGCGGUGCUGACGAGGAGAUGCGGCGGAGAAUUGGAUCACGCUGGCGGGGUUCGCGUUCAACGCGCGGAGCGCGGCGGGGUACGGGGGGGGCGACGGCGGCGGCGGCGGCGGCGGCGGCGGCGGCGUCGGCGGCGGCGUCGACGGCGAAGCCGCGGCGGGAGCGAGGGACGAGUUAUGACGCGUCGCGCGAACGGUUGGUUUUAA